UUUUUUUUCUUCGCGGUGGCGGCGGGCAGCUUUAGGUUUUCGGUCCACCGGCGAGCCCUUGUUAUAGAUCUGCCGACCCUCCCAUCUCGAAGCUGCCAAAAUGCACUUUAGUCGAUGAUUCCAUGUUUUGUGCUUUUGGCCCUGGCCCAUCUAUACGACUAGGAUUGGCUUCUACCGUUCCUAGGAGCAUGGCAUAGGAGCUUUAUCCUUCAUUAAGCAAUCCCACAUUCGUUUUCUCUCUCAGAGUCACGACCAGAAGGCCGUCGACUCUGAUAGCCACUCCUUUAUCUUCUUUCAAUACCAAAGACUGCGAGAUCUACCAAGCUGCAUACAAGCUGCAUACAAAAGCCAUGGCUACUCUUCCUCCGCCGCCGUUCGGGAUCAAUCUCGAUGACGACAGGAGGGCCUCCAUCAUGGUCACCUCGAUCGUCACCUGGUGUCUGGCGGUUCUCGUCGUUGGGCUCCGCAUUGUCAGCCGUCGUUUGAAAAACAUUGAUCUGUGGAUAGAUGACUGGCUCAUUAUCGCAGCAUUGAUCCCUUCGUGUGCCCAUGUCUUCGGAAUGGGCGUAUAUGCUGUGAGCCGUGGUUUGGGCAGACAUGUCUGGGCCGGUCCGCCAGAUGCACGAUAUGCAUGGGCAGUUGGAUUAUUCAUCGCUGAGUUAGGGUACUUUGUGACUAUUGCAUGUGUCAAAUGGUCUAUUCUCGCCUUUUAUUAUCGCUCCUUCAAGAUUCGAAGCUCUGUCAAACUUCCCAUAUUCACACUUGCUGUGAUAGUACUGAUGUGGGCUGUUGGUGUCAUCCUCGUUACCAUUUUACAGUGCCAACCUACCAAUGCCUGGUGGGAGCGAUUCAACCCGACGCACCCAUUACAGCCAGACCAAUACAAAUGCACAGUAGACUCCGUCAAGUUCUUCUACGGAAAUGCAAUCCCGACAAUUGUUACGGAUAUUUUGAUUUUGGUGUUGCCUCUUCCAUACAUUACGAAGCUUCAGCUUCCCAGGGGGCAGAAGUGGGCUCUUGCCGGUAUUUUCCUCGUUGGGCUCUUCGUUACGAUCGUCUCUAUUGUGCGGCUCCACUACCUGCUCCAAGGAAAUUUGACCAGUCCAGAUAUUACUUGGAACUUUGUUAAUAUUGCUCUGUGGUCUGUCGUAGAAGGAAAUACAGCCAUCUUUUGUGCCUGUCUACCAUUCUUGCGCCCGAUUCUUAGCAAAUUUACCUUUGGCAUUUUUAGUCUUUCAUCUCUCCCAUCCAAGAAACAACCGUCUAGCGGAACCCGUGGGACCCUAAGAAUGAGCCACUAUCAAAAAGAUGGCCCCCGACCUUGGCAGGGGGAUAGCCGGUUCGUUACAACGACGUCUCAUUCUCGGGCAUACAGCAUCACGCACACACGCGAGACAGACGAACAUCCGUUUGCACAACUCACCGACGAUGGCUCAGAACACAGCAUUCCUAUCAAGGAGAGGCAAGACGACUCGCAAAUUGAGCUUGGAAACGUCUCCCCCGUGAGAGGUCCUGUCGAGCCUAACGGUAUAGUCGUCACCCGAGAAUUUCAUCUGCAACAUCAAGAGGUCCAACACCAAGAUGUUUAAAUGAAGCUUAUUAGCCCUUGCAUGAUUCAUUCGCCGUACAUAUUUUGUACACAAGCACUUGUAGUUGUGUACACGCUACACUAUCCUCUAUUAAUGACACGAUUUAUGCAAUGCAUUCUACGAAGCUCAUCGCCGCAGCCAAUCAUGAGCGAUCAAUUCGCAUGGCUCCUCAAGGCGAUUCAGGAAUAUUUUAUGGCAUAGCCCAGUGCUUAUACACGUAACUGAAGGACGAAGUUCAAUCAUUGACAUUCAAUUGCCGCGGAACCCUCAGUUCUUCCUAGCUACAAUACCAACUAGCCACUGUAUCAUUUUAAUUGAGAUACC